UCGUCUUUGGCUCUCUUACAGGUUGUCGCCGUGCCAGGAGGAGAAGCUGGAGCCAUGGACGAGCUACUUUUACCGAGCGGGGAAGAGGAGGCGCGCUCCGAUCACAGCUCUUAUGCUCCGGGAGCGGCGGGGAAAACCAUGGUGGAUCGCAUCAAGAACUUCCUCCAGGAGACGUUCACUGUGGACCUCAGACAGACCCUGAGGAACUUCUGCAAACGCAACGGGCUGCUGGUUCUGUCGGUCAUCGCCGUGCUGACCGGCUGCGUCCUGGGCUUCAUGCUGAGAGGGAGUCAGCUCUCCUCACAGGCCAAGAUCUACUUCUCCUUCCCCGGAGAGCUUCUGAUGAGGAUGCUGAAGAUGCUCAUUCUUCCUCUCAUCACUUCCAGUUUGAUGUCGGGUCUGUCCUCCAUGGAGUCCAAAGCCUGCUGUCGGAUGGGCGUCCUGACCGUCACCUACUACCUCUGGACCACCUUCAUCGCCGUGGUGGUCGGCAUCGUGCUCGUCAUCAUCGUCAAACCCGGCGUGGGGACGGAGAUGGAGAGCAACCGGCUGGGCGGCGGGCCCGUCAUGACCUCGGCCGACGCCCUGCUCGACCUCAUCAGGAACAUGGUCCCCUCCAACCUGAUCGAAGCCACGUUCCAGCAGUACAAAACGGACCUGGUUCCCAUCCUGAAGGUCCCGACCAGAACCAUCCAGCCCAGCUUCGUGUACGUGGUCCCGGACGACAGCGACCCUAAAGGUCAGACGGUGUACCUGGAGCUGACGCCGGCCCCCGAGGUCACGUACAAGACGAGCCCCGGCACCAGCCAGCAGAUGAACGUGCUGGGCAUCGUCAUCUUCUCGGCCACCAUGGGUCUGCUGCUGGGCAGGAUGGGAGAGCGAGGAGCGCCGCUCGUCAACGUCUGUCAGUGCAUCAACGAGUGCGUCAUGAAGAUCAUCAACGCCGCCGUCUGGUAUUUCCCGUUCGGGAUCAUCUUCCUGGUGGCGGGGAAGAUCCUGGACAUGCAGGACCCGAGCACGCUGGGCAGGAAGCUGGGCUGGUACACCGUCACCGUGCUCGCCGGCCUCUUCGUGCACGGCUUCAUCCUCCUGCCGCUCUUCUACUUCCUGCUCACCCACAAGAACCCGUUCGGCUACAUCCGCGGGCUGCUGCAGGCCAUGGUCAUCGCCCUCGCCACCUCGUCCAGCUCGGCCACGCUGCCCAUCACCAUGAAGUGUCUGCUGGAGAACUGCCAGGUGGACCGGCAGAUCGCUCGCUUCGUCCUGCCCGUGGGAGCCACCAUCAACAUGGACGGCACGGCGCUGUAUGAGGCCGUGGCCGCCAUCUUCAUCGCCCAGGUCAACGACUACGAGCUGGACUUCGGCCAGCUGGUCACCAUCAGCAUCACAGCUACAGCUGCCAGUAUCGGAGCUGCUGGGAUUCCCCAGGCCGGUCUGGUUACCAUGGUGAUCGUGCUGACAUCAGUGGGUCUGCCACCAGAUGACAUCACACUCAUUGUGGCCAUUGAUUGGGUCUUGGACAGAUUUCGUACGAUGAUCAACGUCCUGGGCGACGCGCUGGCAGCGGGCAUCAUCGCCCACCUGUGCCGGAAAGACUUCCCUCUGGGCGCCACAGGAAAGCCUGUUCCAUCCUACGGGACACACACUUCACACACUCCCAACAACUCCCACAGCGUCAACGUGCCAAUGACGGAGAUCCACACACACAAAGAUUGCAUGUUCGAGCUGAUGGGCGACUCGGUCAGCGAGCGGCACACACACACCGUCUACUACAACAUCUGCCAGGUGUGACGCUCACCUGCAGCCUCCGGACGUGUGUUUCCACGAGCUUCCGCCCAAACCCCCUCAGUGCCAUCUGACAGGAGCGCGAGGACGAGGCGGGCUCACGGGACGCCGCUCCCUGAGCCCAUGGGACGUCCGGGCUGGCGGCUCUGAGGACGCA